AAUUCUGCCAAACAUCUGGCUGGGAAGUUGCCCUCGGCAGCUGGAGCAUGUGACUGUCAAGCUAAAGCACGAGCUGGGUGUUACGGCUGUGAUGAACUUCCAGACCGAAUGGGACAUUGUUCAGAAUUCCUGGGGCUGCAACCGCUACCCGGAACCCAUGAGCCCCGAAAUCCUCAUGAAACUGUAUAAAGAGGAAGGUCUUGCCUACGUCUGGAUGCCAACCCCAGACAUGAGCACCGAAGGAAGAAUACAGAUGUUGCCACAAGCUGUCUGUCUCUUGCACGGGUUACUGGAGAAUGGACACACUGUCUACGUUCAUUGCAACGCUGGCGUUGGCAGGUCCACAGCUGCUGUCAGUGGCUGGCUGAAGUACGUGAUGGGGUGGAGCCUGCGGAAAGUGCAGUACUUUUUGGCUUCCAGAAGACCAGCUGUCUACAUCGACGAGGAAGCUCUGAUUCGUGCUGAAGACGAUUUCUACAAGAAAUUUGGGCAUCUUCGUUCCUCAUGCAAAAUACAGGAAUAG